AGGCUCUGUCCCAGCAGGCGCCCAGCUGGGCUUGGCAGAGGUUCCUUUUUCCUGGAGUCAUCAGAAGCUCUGUGGUUUUGGUCCCUUCCUUCUCACAAGCUGGUGUUCACAUCUCCUUAUGGUUCCCUUGCAGGCUCGUCUCCGGUUUCCCAUCGACUACCCCUACUCUCCUCCUGCCUUCAGGUUCCUAACCAAAAUGUGGCACCCCAAUAUCUAUGAGACAGGUGAUGUCUGCAUCUCCAUCCUCCACCCGCCCGUGGAUGACCCGCAGAGCGGGGAGCUGCCAUCGGAGCGCUGGAACCCCACCCAGAACGUGCGAACCAUUCUGCUGAGUGUGAUCUCACUGCUGAAUGAGCCCAACACGUUUUCCCCUGCCAACGUGGACGCCUCCGUGAUGUACCGCAAAUGGAAGGAGAGCAAAGGGAAGGACCGGGAGUACACGGACAUCAUCAGGAAGCAAGUGCUGGGCACCAAGGUGGAUGCUGAGCGGGAUGGAGUGAAGGUCCCCACCACGCUGGCUGAGUACUGUGUGAAGACCAAGACUCCAGCCCCAGAUGAGGGCUCAGACCUCUUUUAUGAUGACUAUUAUGAGGAUGAUGAGAUGGAGGAAGAAGAAGAGAGCUGUUACGGUGAUGAGGAUGACUCCGGCAAUGAGGAAUCUUGAUGGGCCUCUGGCAUUGCAACACUUACUAUAAACUGCUGAAUUUUACCUCAACUAGAACAAGCUGGUUUGAAUUUAGGAUCUGUCAGCCCUGAAACUAACUCUCUACCUCGCAGGGAGACUGUUCUGCUGUUGAAAAGGAAAUCCCAUCGCUGUCUUUGUAGGAAAAAAAUAAACCCCCUAUUUUAUAAACUUCCUGGGGGGUGGGUGAAGAGGGGGAAGAUGUGUUGGGGUGUUCACAAAGCCACAGAAACUGAGGUGCUGGUGGCUCUGCCUGGCUGAGGAGUGACAGCCAGGCCUGGUGUUGCUGCCCCUCAUUUGGGUAUGUUCAGCUUCUUUUCAGCCUCGUGGGGUAGGAGCUUGUGGGGCUUGUGAGGGGUGGUGAGUGGUUCCUUUGGUGGGGGGGCAGCAUGUGAGUGCUGUCUUGGCUUUCAACACCUUUUGGGGUUCACCCUGCAGCCAUCAGGACCCUUCCCUGCCCAUGAUGCUGGAGCUGUGUUCACAGUGAGAAGGGCACCAGGGAGGACUCGCCCAGGAGCCACCAGCACUGAGUGUGUGGGGAUGGUUUGGUUGUGGUUUUUAACUAGCUGGGGAGAUGGGGUCAUGCUGAGUAAUUCUGCUUCUGGGUUUUUUUUUGACACUAUUUAAUAAAGUUCUUCCA